CUUUCCCGUUCGGCAAACUCGCGCAACCACGUUCAAGGCCUUCUUUUACGACGACGACAUCGACAAGCAAUUGAACGACGAAACAGGCUUCCACCGCCCUACAAUUCAAGAUGGUCUCCUACACUCCCAUCCGCAUGUCGGAAUUCAAGAGCAACUAUGGUCCUAAGUACCAUCCUCAGCCCAACGUUGCUGGCAUCACCCCCCAGUCUGCCUUCCGAAUCGGCUCCCGUCUGGCUAUGUACGGUGCCCCCGCCGCUGUUGCUGUCCUCCUCUUCGCCAACGGUAUCCCUCGUGUGCAGCGCGAUGUUCUCCAGAAGAUCCCUUUCCUUGGCAACUACUUCCGAAAGGAGAUCCACCCCGCCGACAACCCUUUCUAAAUUAUCUGGUGGACUUGAGGAAGAUAGACGUUGUUCAGCGCCCCUGCCGGCUCUCCUUGUAUAAGAUAUUCCAAUAGACAUGUUAUGAGUCUUGAA